AUGUGCAUGACCUCAUUGACAUUCCCCCAUCCCUUUGAAACCGAACAAUUACCAGUUGAAGUCGUCCGAUUAAUCGUUGAAAACAUAAUUAAUCAAAGCCCCAUUAUAUCUGCUGACCCCACAAACUGUACCGACACUUCAUUCCUACAUCAUACGCAAGUUACCCGUCUGCUUCAGUUGCGUUUAUUAAGCAAAGCCUGGGACAUUGUCAUUCUCGACUCUGUUUUCAAAAAUUUGCGCCUACCUCGCGAUAACAUGGCCAGCAGUCUUGCAGGCAUUUGGAAAACAUCAUACCUGACUCCUGGCUUUCCAAAAUUACAACGACUCUGCCUGGAUGGAGUCCAACAUCCGAUGCCUCUUUCCCAACAUGGACAACCAUUGCCGUCUCCAACACCAGUGUACCCAUUUUCUAUCCGACCCCAAAACGCGGCAUCAAUUAUUAGCUUAUGCAGGUACACCUUAACCCAACUAAAACUUAGGUUUAUCGACUGCGUUGGAUUCACUCCUGAGUUAUCAAACACCAUUCAGCUUGCUACAGGUUUACAUACUCUCAAUAUUUCAGGUUCCCGCUCCUCAGGGGUCCCACACGAUUCAAAGUCAAUUAAGUUCCUACUCGAAAGGAUUCCGCAACUAAAGUCUUUAUCCCUCAACUUCUCAUUCCUAUCCGCGAUGGAAUUGGCGCGCAAUUCUCUUCCCGACUUGGAGCACUUUUGGUUUGCGUGUGAUCUCGACAACCUACAAGCUGCAAAGGACAUAUGUCAGUCUUCUGCAAGAAAAAUCAGUUGCCUAGAAUUACUCCCACAGGCUAAUCCGGACCCAAUAGCCCCGAUAGCCUUAGGAUUACAAGACAUACUCCAAGUUCUGUUCAUAAUUUCUAUUCCGGACCGUAUCCCACGCAACAGCCGCGACACUUGCUUUCCUAAACUCCGGGUUCUCCGAAGUGAAUACUGCCACUUGAAUCCAUUGGAAAUUGAUCUUCAGUGGUUAAAAUGGCCGUUACUACAAUCAAUUGAAGUGUUGGUUACGAGUUAUUGGCACGGGAACGUAUAUUGGCGAAGCAUCUUAGCUCAGACUGACCGCGCUUCAAUCACGGUUCCUCCAAAACUAAAACACAUAGUCUUCACAACGCCCAAAGGAUCUGGACUUCGUGAUCAGGAGCUGGUGGAAGUAUUCCAAUCAAUAGGAGUUAAAUGCCAUUUCAUGUUCCAGCCAGCUUGCGCAGAUCUCAUGGGUCUGGCAAACUUAUUGAACACUGAAGAACUCCGCUCCAAUGAUGUGGUUGACCCAAACUGA